GUGGCGUUUAGUUAUUUUAUGGUGUUCGAUAAAUUGUGUAUUUCAUUUGGGAUCGUGAAAACAAAGAUUUUUGUUAUCGGUUAUAGUCAACAGAAUGUCUUUUGAAAGAACAUCGUCGUUUAUUUUAUUUAUAUUUAUAACGUCUAUUUCAAAUUUAACUCUAGCUCAAUGGAAUACCAAAGAUUAUUUGAAAAGAGAACAUUCUCUUAUCAAGCCGUAUCAAGGUUCAGGCAUGACUAUUCCAAAUUGGGAUUUUGUUGGCAGCACCAUGGUUACUACAAAUUAUAUAAGAUUAACUCCUGAUCAGCAAAGUAAAAGAGGAAGCUUAUGGAAUAAUGUGCCAUGCUUUGUUCGGAAUUGGGAAUUACAAGUUCAAUUUGCCGUACAUGGUAAAGGAAAAGAACUCUAUGGUGAUGGAUUAGCCAUUUGGUAUGCCAAAGAUCCGUUACAAUUAGGCAGAGUUUUUGGCAGCAAGGAGAUUUUCCAUGGUUUGGGAGUAUUUUUAGAUACAUAUGCAAAUCAAAAUGGACCUCAUAAUCAUGGACAUCCAUAUGUUUCAGCUAUGGUUAACAAUGGAACAUUACAGUAUGACCAUGACCGUGAUGGAACACACACUGAAAUUGCUGGUUGUGAAGCAAAAUUCAGAGGUUCUGACCAUGAUACCCAUAUAUCUAUUCGCUAUGAAAGAGAUGUUCUUACGAUAUCAACUGAUAUUGAAGGAAAGAAAGCAUUCAAAGAGUGUUUUAAAGUGGAAGGUGUUCGUUUACCCACAGGUUAUUAUUUUGGAGCAUCAGCUGCAACUGGUGACUUAUCAGAUAACCAUGAUAUUAUUUCUAUGAAACUGUAUGAAUUGGAUUUACCUGGAGAGGUUAAGGAGGAAGAAGACAGAUCAAAAAUUUCACCAGCAGCUUCUUAUUUUGCACCUCCUAGAGAUCAUGUAGAAGACCCCCCGCCACCCAUGUCGGGUUUGAAAUUAUUGCUAAUAAUGGUGAUAGCCAUUUUAGGACUUGUAGUAUGUGUAGUCGUAGGAGUGGUGGUCUUCCAAAGACAGCAAGAGACUUCGAGGAAGAGGUUCUACUGAUGCAUUAUUGAGUUGUGCACUUCUUCCAUUUUGAAUAGAAGUGUAAGAUCAUUUCAUUUUGUUAAAUAAACAUUUGACAUCAUGGUGCAAGAGUUCCAGCUUGAUAAUGCAAAUCCAGAAUGUCGAGUGUACAGAAAUCCUAUUUCAAGGCAGAGAUUUCUGAAUUUCCACAGAUUGUAUUUUGAUGGUUUUCCUAUAGACCUUCAGACAGUGUGUUCUUGCUGAGAGACAGAUUUUCAAUAAAGAUUUAUACUUUUUUGAA